AUGCUCGGUAAUUUACCAGCUGCGCAUUCAUUCAGUUUUACACUGCAUAUUUUGGUUAGCUGUCGAAGUCGAUGCAAAGAGUAGACAGUUCAUCCAUCUGCCCACGCUAGUGGCAAUCAUUUCCUAUGUGCAGUUGAUGUGCUAUCCCAUGAAAUGUCCACUGAAAUUCCGAAAUAUGUUUUUUUAUUUGCAAAGACAACAUAUGUAGGGUUGUCAUCAGUUGUCGUGUCGCAUAAUGUUAAGAUACCUCAGUCACAUCAAGAUCUCGGCUUUCGAACGUGCUUCUUAUCAGCCGCUAGCAUAGGCUGCAUUCCGCAAAAGUGACUACUUAAGUAGCAUAGGUUUUUCAACUGAUUUUCGAUGCCUUCGUAAAUUCGAAUGUUUUACAGAAAACAUGCACAAAAUAUCCUUUCUACUACUCAUCUAGUAGUGAAUUGCGUCUUUAAAUUUUUUACUUGAAGGAAGAGUAUCCUUCGAUUUAAAAUUUUCCAAAUUCUCGAGUAACUUCGAAGUCGCCUGUGUUGAACUUGCAUUCGGGGUUUCCACACUACAAACUGUGUACAUGUCGUUUAAGGAAAAUCGGACACUUCACAGAAUCUUGUGGUCGAUGUGGACAGCGUUGUCUAAUUUAUAAUCAGCUUUGAUAAAUAGGCUGACGUGACACUUUUUGACCGGACAUUUCACGGCCAUGAGAGAUUUAAUCGUUCGAAACUUUCUUAAAACGGAAAUAAACACUUCCCUCGAGUAUAAAACUUUAAGGACGUUAUUUGCUACCAAGUGAGCAAAAUAAAAGUGGUUUUGUGUAUGUUUUCUAUAAAAUAUAUUUGAAUAUGUAAGUGUCGAAAACCGAUGAGAAAAAUUAAUACUACUUGAGUGGUCAUUUUCUAAGGAAUGUAGUUUACUAAGGCUUUCAAGGGGAAGCUCGUUCGAAAGUCGGCACCUCGACGUAACUAAAAUGUUUUGGCAUUGUGCGAAAGGAUAAUUAACAUGACAACUCUACUUAAGAAAUUUCGGAAUGAAAAUGCACUCCAGAACUUCGUCAACAUUUCAUGAGAUUGCACAUCUACUUUACCCACGUGUUCUGACCGACUGGUACUUUGCUUUUCAGUGCUUUAGACGAUAGAAGACUAGUCGCGCUAAUGCGUAAUCGCGUCACACCGUAGGUGGCGAUGGCAACUGUCUUAAGAGCGACCCUGGUUGGUUAAUUAUCCAUUUUUGAUCGAUUCGUCUGUGACUACUAGCUUGUGCUUAAUACGACGCUGGUCCUUCUUAUUAUUUGCGUUCUUCAUGCUGCCCGAGCGAUGUUUUUCCGCGCGCGAUCGCUUAUGGUUACAGAUACUGGGGCUAAGCACUUGAAGAGGUGAUCACUGGGAUAGCUUAUUUUUGAAAUACGGAUUUUCGGACAGCCAAUAUGGCUCUUAAAUCUCUAGAAGCACAGACCGAAUACGACUCGCGUGUUGACGAACUGUGCUAGAUUUUGGGCUAACCUGUUUUGUAACUCUCCCCUCCUACAGGCGUCGUCUAAUUUAUGACAACAGCACUGAAGUCGGGGAAAAAGCAAUCAGGGAGCCGCCUCUUUCGUCUUUCUCGAGUAGCUCCAAUAUUUUGCGCUGCUCUCAUCGUGUGUAGUGCGUCGUGCGCAGUUAAAUGCGCUUGCUCGAUUCGAAGGACAGUUUUCAGGCAGCCAUGGUCGGGAACUGCUUGCUCGACUUCCACAUGCACAACAAGCAGUUCUCAACCGCAAGGAAACGAACCGGACGGAUGCCAAGCCCUUAUGGAUCUUCGUGGUUAUGAAGGUGCCGCGGCGGGUCCACACAACCCUGAACGUUGUUGUGAACCAUGCGGACAUUAUUUCCGCGGGUAAUAUCGUCCUUGGUCUGUAUGCCAACAUCUAAAGAUAUUUGAAACAGUCAUCUUCCUUGGGCAUAUACCUGUUAAUCGUGGAAAAUCCCUUGACUGUUCCUCGCGCAUCAGGCUCACUCCGAAACCGGAACUGAAGUCAACGGAUACGUUCUUGUCUCCUCAUACUUGUCCAAUCAAUUUGUGAACCCAGUGCCAAUCUAAGUCUCCAGACUUUAACAGGGAUGUCCUUCCCAGGUGCCGUCUUAUUACGCAGCUCCAGUAUUGCGUCGAGAAUUUCUCCCUGGGAAUGAACGUCGCAUUAGGCAGAUGAGACUGGAGAACAAACUCGACCACUGAGGACAUAUGAGUGGUUGUGAUUAUACUUGGUACGUGUAUGGCCAUAAGUGACCUUACCGGCCUCGCAUCGUGAUUUGCGACCGCCUAUGUGCAGAGGUCGACCCACUAAUGACGGAAACCGAAUGCCCGGAGUAAGAGAACCGAAUCCUUUUCUUGAACGACCGCGUUGAGUUAGGUUUUGGGUUAACAUUUUUUCGACACCUUCGAAUGAGCAGCAGCAGCACUGGACUCCUAGGGGAGGGGAGGGGGCGACAGUGGGGAACGUGCCAAACCACCUCGAUCCUUUGUGGAUGGUCAGGGAUAUCCUCGCGAUGUUGCAGCGAGUGCGAACUUUCUCAUUCGAACUGCACUGGGUAUACUUCGCUCGAAGGAAAGUUCUCAGGCAGCGACGGUCAAGUAUAACAUAUCCAGUUUGUUUCUUGCACGAACAACCCAAAAUCAGAGACAAUAUAAGAGGACUGACCAGCCGAACGUCCGCCAUAUGUGAAUACGCGUGGCAGUGGAGGUAUCGCGUCGGUUCCUUAGACACAUUCCGGCAAUUUUGCAAAUCCUGCAAAUAGCAUCAGUUCGUUGAACAACAUCGUUCUUACGCAUUCGGCCGGAGCCUCGCCCCGAGAUGAUUACACCUAUCCGUUUCUUCCUAUUGACAACUAUUAGUAUUGGAGGUUGCCUUCUACUGGUUAGCAUCUAUGGAUAAACUGACCAAUUUAACUACUUCCUUCACUCAUGGCACCGCGGUUUGUUGGCCACUAAAGCUUGAUGUUGGCUGUGCGAUAUCAUCAAUGCAGUGAAGGUCAAUUGGUCGGCGCAUGGCUGCAAAUUUGACACCGUCAACACUGUACACGUCACUUCCCUCAGUCGAUUUACCGGGUUAACGGGCUAGCUACAACGCCCAUCACAGGAACCUACGAUGGACGGAAACGAACGCUGCGUCGAAAUCAACGACGUCGACGGCCAUCGGUUAUCGGUAGCCAUAGAUGAAUUCAAGAAUGCACUGCAGUAUAAAAAUCAAGCCUCUGCAUAUGCACAUUCUCACCAACGUUUGACGUCUGCCCCAUGGAAAUUUAUGCUUCAGCUUCAUGGCUUUUAUAGUCAUUUUCGGCCGAUUUUACCACCGCUUUCUGGAGCUGUCAAAACCACUGCGCGACUGCGGUGCUCGUUUGCUGAUCCCUUCGUUGCGACGUAGCUGAUGAAUUCAAAGACUUAGCAGCCGCCUCAUUGACCGAUGGCUUAGACGAUGGCCAUUUCCUACUACCCUUUUUGACUCGGCACGUAUAUCGAGAUGCGGUUUCCGCGUUCAGGGCGUCGACUGUGUUGGUUGUUGUAGUUUUUCCACAUCCAGGCGUCUUGAGCGUAACAGUUUGGAAGCCAAUGAGAAAUGUGCUCUCAGGCGUGUGUGAACUAGAACUUGAUCUGACUCAUUACGUUGCUGAUGUCAGCUCCAUGUGCCCAUCUACAAAACCUUGAACUUAUUAGAGCGUAACUGUCCUAGCUGUCUGUGCGAUCCGCAUUUGAAAAGCCGGGCGGCAGAUGCACGUGGUCAGUCUCAACGCACAGCGUAGUAGCUAGCCGGGUGUGAUCAGCAAAGCUCAACAUUGCCGCAUUAACAAGCAGGCCCAAACUGAUCAACAAAGUCGCCUGGUCAAACCCGGCUAUCCCAUUCACAGAAUAAAACCAGCAGAUCACAGCGAUUGAGUCUGGCAAUUAGUUCUUGCGGCUUCAAAUAGGUUUAUGUAUCACACUGGUAGGAAGUUUAUGUUGGCGUGUACACAGGGUUGACAGAGAUGUCCGUAAAGCGACCCUUCAGUCGUACAUAAGCUGUGCAUGCUUUGCUUGUUGCGAUCACCACACCAUAUCUACUACAAGAGCUGCGUGGGUAGCUGUGGUAUGAAUUGAGAGAUGAGUUGGUCCGCAGGGUCUUUAUUUCUCGAGUGCUUGGGUCGGGGAUUCGGACUCCAGGCAGUUAGCAGACAUCAACGUUGUACAAGUGAAGGCUGUGCGCAGUCAGGCUUUGGAUACCAGGGUCCGGGUAUAUUCCAGGUUAUUUCCCGUAGCCCAACGGCUUAAGAACCUUACCGCAUAGAAGCGGUUGUAAGCAGACUUCUUCACUGUCGAUUCACGGCCGUCAUGUCACAGUGUCGAUGGAGCAGUCCGUGCGGCGGACCCUAAUGUUAAGCGCCGUCGUGGGUCUGUCGCUGGUCCGCGACUGUCUAAUCGGCGUACCCCAAAGCCCGCUCAUUUCGUAGCCAAUUUUCUCCAAAUGCCCUUAUAUUACCCUUCACCCGUGAACUCAAUGGGUAGCCAGUAAUUAGGUCAACAGGAAGUGGUUAUUUGUCGGUCAUUGAAACCAAGAGGAUGCCCAAAACCACGUCAGCGCCCUAUGGAAAUCGAUUUCUCAGGAACUAAGUCAUUCACACCGCGCGUAGACCAAUUAGGUGCAACCGAUUGUCUGCUUAUUUGGCGUAUGAUUAGGUCGUUUUCUAUUACCAGUAGCAUUUGAGACUUCUUCCACGUGAGUCGGAACUCCUGCCAAAUCAUUCCUGUGGUCUUAUCAAAUCAUUUAUUUCGUCGUUCUCUAGAGUCGCCCGAUGUCGCCCGUUUUGUCAUUUGACAGCUAAUUCGCUUUUUGAGAGCUUCAAACAUGAUCAUUGGUUCCUGCUUCCUUCUGGUCCGACCGAAAAGCAAGAUCAGACUUGCGGUCAGGAACCCAGCAGUGUUGGACUGUCGAAAUUCUGCGAGAUCGAGACGGUGGGCGCCAGGUAUUCUGGCGGCAGAUGAGAAGUUAGACUUUGAACGCUGGUGGACAAGAAUAUGACCUGACCAACGUUCGUAAUUGUCCUCGGCACCACACACCCCGCUCACGAAACUUGUUUAAACAUAACCAGUCUGACUCGUUGCAGAACUAUCCUGAGAACAAGGGGUUAGCGAAGUUUUCCGACAAUGGCGGAGCCUCGUUUUAAUGACACGAUCAGUUUGUACUCGGGGAUUUCAGGAGUUACACCAUCCUAACAUUCAGAGCCCAGUCCAGACCGGUGAGGCGCUUUUUUGAAAAAUGCCAACGACCGAGUCCAGCCACUGGCAAGAGUUAGUAGAUCAUGACGACCAUGACUUACAUACUGUAGUUACCCAUUCGUCUGUUUCACUCACUGCUUGUCGUGCCCAUCCGAAAGGGUGGUCGUCAUUCCGUGUCUACCAGGUGGGCUGCAAAAGCCACUGUGAUAAAGAAAAACCAGGAAUUUGCCAUGGGAAUUUUAUUUGUUGGGGGUUUGAUUCUCAAAUUUAGACAGGCAGCAGACGUCCACACUGCACUGGUAUAGCCUGGACAUUUGAGACUUUAGGUUUAGGUGUUGAGGAUCCUAUGCGCACUCCAACAGGCGGUGCUGUAGGUCUGUAUCCGAUUGAAUUGUCUACUUCUACGACCCCGUUUGCCCCUUUGGAUCGGGAUGGCUGGGCGCACUGACUGAUGCAGGCACAUUGCGUGGACCGCAGCAAGAUGUUCUACUACUUGUUUUAACAGGACACGUCGGUACUUUUAAGUACUGACGAACCCAGGUAGCCCCCCCCCGCCUCAUUUUUUUGUUCGAGGUCGCCUUCUAUAGGUCUUUGGUUCGUUAAAACCUAGUCGCAAGACAGGUUUGACAAGGAAACUUAUUUAGUGGCGGUUCAUGGCUGCCGUGUCACAGUGCCGUCACCGGACGUUGCGGUAUUUUUUAGAGCUUUCGACGUGGCAGAGUUCGUACCUCUGCGCCACUGGUCCGCCAUUGCGUCUGCCAGGCGUAAAAGUCUGCUUAUUUUUGAACUAGCCCGUGGACGCUCUUGUGGCCUACCAACCAGGCGGAGGGGUUGACCGUGAGCUGGUCGACCCAUUUAGCCCCAAGCACCACUACCUUGCGACUACUGGUGAUAUUUUUAGGUUUGUGCCCUCGAUUGUUGGUUGCCGUGUCGAUCCGUACAGGAAUUAUUGUCUGUCGCGGUGCUCCAGACGAGAGCAAGUCACUUAUGGACACUUGUAAGGACUGCCGACCAUCUGAUGUUGUCGAAAUCCAUAAAUUGGAGAUCUUCUUGGCCCUGUUGUUUUUAGGGCAAGGUAGGUUGCCUUAGUCUCCAGUCAAAAGCACUAUGUAGAAAUAGCCUCAUCAGCGGGUAGUCAGGUGCUACGAUGUAGUCACACCAGAGCUGUCGACCGCGUCUUUUGAUGAUCCAAUCCAAUUAGUUUCGGGCAUGUUUCAAGACUGGGGAGGAUCUCCGUCCCCUAUAUGAGCUGUAUUUAGGUUUCUGUAACCUUGCAGGUCUGGGAUACAACACACCAGUAAUUUUUAUCUUUGUUGCGUUGCAUUGGAUUGUCACUGUCUCUGAUUGGUUCACUUGGUGGAGGGUGUGCAAACCCUCUUCACCACGUCUUCUACCGUACUUGAGUGUUUGCGUUCGAUAAAAACUUUAUCGGCAUACAACUUUGUAUCUGCUAUGUUCUUACUUAAAAAAACUCGUCAAAAGGCGACGUUGCGUGUAUUUUAUGUGGCCACGUAACGCUGAUACACUGCACUUAUUCGCUUUCCCGAAUCAUUUUAUAGCAGGGGACAGGACGGCUGCUUCGUGGGGUAGUCUCUGCCUCCAAAGCGGUGGCGCCGGACCACGCUACACCCCAUCUCGCUCUUCGCCGCCUGUCACUGAGUAGGACAAGUCGCACAAACACCGUUUUCUGGCUCAGCUCUGGGGACAUAUUCCGCAAUCUAGCCUUUGAGGCCAGUCUCUUCGCUGACAAACAGCGCUAUCAAAGCGAUAACUCAGAAGGGCGGCGGCUCGCGGACGCCGUGCUCUGGAAGAGCGAUCCCUGUGUGGUGAUUGGUCUUCACCAGAACGCUUGGCUGGAGGCAAAUCCCCAGGAGGUGGAACGACGCGGCUGGCGCUUAGCCCGACGGAUGUCCGGUGGCGGAGCUGUUUUUCACGACUACGGGAACCUGAACGUGAGCUUUGUGGAGUCAAGGUCCACUUUAGAACGACGUAAAUGCAUGGAAUUCCUACAGAGGGUGCUGAUGCGGCAUUGGCCCCAUCUGGAAGUCUUUGUUGGACCCCGCUACGACCUCUGGCUUCUUCCUGCUGGCCUGCCUGAUAAUGCCAACUCCAAAGAGGUGGAGAUACUUCCAACGUAACAGUAUAGAACGUGCUUUGCCGUAAUUUCGCAUUUCAAGAGUUUUCAGUAAUGCUUUGACGUAACUUGUGUGACCGGAGCGCAGACGUUUACGACAACAUUUUUUCCAUUUCAUGAUCAAUUACGUAAUUCACGACGUCAAAUUACCUUGUUGAUACGCGGAGACGGCGAGUUCCCGUAAGUAGGUUGCAAGGAACAGACACGAUUGCCGGAGCAGGAGGUUCGUAUUCCAGCGUCGCUCCGUGGCAGCCCCACCCUCUCAACACAAUACAGGGCUAAGUUGCACAUGAUGUUGUCCACAGCGAGCAAACUUCCUCAGAAUCCUAUCAGUUGGCAACCCCGAAGCCAUGACUGUUAGCUCGUCGGGCUAGUUUCAAAGCAUUAUAGAACUAAGGCCCACAUCAGAACUGGAUCAACCUCACACUCGCCUAGCCCACACACAAGCGGUCUGUGCGAAAAGGUUCUACUAUGGACGUGAUUGGGUGCAGUGAUGGACGUAGGGUGAAAUCGCCGACCAACGUCUGUCACACGAAGUUAGAUCCCGAAUACUCAUGAGGUGUCAUAGGAGCCGCGCUAAGGACCGAGUCACACCGUCAGCUAGCAACGUUCCAGGUCAAGUUUUACAGCGCACCAUGAUAAGUUUAAACGUGCUGGAUUUAUUGUAGUGGGAAAUGUGUUACAUUGCCAGGAUCAGUCAUAGUUCCUCUCCUCCCCCUCCCAUGUAUCAGUGGCCAGUCCGAACCAUUGCCGACAAGGGAGACUUCCCGGCGAUUAUCUGUGAAGUCCUGUGACAUUAGUCCUCGUCGUCACACCUUCUUGGACCGGAGGGCUUGUUUGUGUGGUAAACUUUGUCAGGAUUAAAGCUUGCCCUGGCCUGUCUCACAACAGGAGUACCGUCCACAGCCUGCUAAACCGAACCAAAACACACGGCUCGGAUGAAGAAAGUUAUCAAGAAGAAGUGAAAUACCUCCUCAAAUUAUUUGCCCACAACGGGUACCCUCGCGACUUCGUGCGUCAUUGCAUAAGGCAUUAGUUCAAACAGAAAGGUAUUUCGAGCACUACGGCCACCCAAGUACCAAAAAUUUACGUGGUGGACUCCUAUACCUGAACGAUGUAUCUGAGCUCAUCGAAAGACAGCUGAGAAAAACAUCAGGUACAAGUAGCACACCAACCUGCGUACACAGCUUGUACACUCUAAGGAUAGAGUUGGCUAUCUUGAUUGAAAAGGUGUUGUCUACAAGAUCCCAUGUGCCAGUUGUGAUGCCGUCUGUUGUACCCAGACUAGGAAAUCUGUCUCGACCCGCAUGUAUGUGCAUCAGUUAGCGGUGAGGAGACGAGAUCAUCUGUCCCAGGUGGCUAUGCACACACCAGAAACAAAUUUGCAUGGAAGAAUAUUCGCAUUGUUGGCGCCUGCUCAAUAAGGGAAGGCCGCGGAUUCCUGGGAGCAACGCAUCCAGAUGAGGCAUGCAUCAAUUGGCAUAUUAAUUUUGUAUGACAUGUACAAACUUCUCAAGGACAAGUGAAAGCGAGCACAGCCAAUGGCGAGGGAUGACGAAAUACCAUUGACGCGCAUUGGCGCAGGCUCAGGCCAGCCACAGAAUUACUUGUUCGACUGUUAAAUAGUGAACCGUUUUUGUCUGAGGGUGAGCUGGGGAACCAGUAUCAAAAGUUUACACAGUAAAGGUUAUUUUUGUUCCCAAAGAACCUUACCUAUUUUAAAUUAAUUUUCUUGGGAUUCCCAGCAAUUUUCCGCAAAAGUAGAAUGUGUUCUGCAUAUUCCUGUAUGCAACUGGCCUAAUCUUUCGUUGGUAUCUGAGGGGACCAUCUCUAAAUUCGUUGAAGUAUUCGCUCCUUGUUCAUCCAUGCCAUUUCGCACUUACUGGCACACUGUGUUGUCUUCUAGCGGGACUUGCUCAUCACAACGCCUCCUCCCCUGGCAAGUCUAGCCUCGGUCAGCUAACCAUAGCCGCAAUUCGCUGAUUUCCGGUUCUUCCACAUAUACAUGUAGUAACCGGGCUGUCUUUAGCGCAGUCAAACCGUUUUCAUCUGGCUGCCUCAUCACUCACGUUCUCUAGCCACAAUGACUUGCUCUCAUUGGUCGUCCAUUGAAAGGCAACUUGCAGUAUUACAGUAGGCGGGCCAACUCACGAAAUGUCAGCCGAAAUUUCGAACUGCAUUCUCGUUUCGAAAAGAUUAAUUAAGUUGUGUUGUAAAAUUAAUCACCGUCCAGCAUAAUUUUAUAAUGAUCUAGUUACCUUAAGGUGCCUUAUUUCGAAUGAACUUAUUUUCGACUGCGCACGAGAGCAAUAAUCUGAAAAAAUGACUACUUAAGGAGUAUAGUUCGGUUUCAAAAAAGUUUCUAAUUGUGAGGUUCAUUAAUACCGCGAAAUGGCCGUUCAUAAAACGUCAUGUAUCCGCAUUUACCAAUGUGGCUUGUAAAGUUAACAAUAUUGCUCAAAUCUACUGCUUUAUUUUAUGAACCCCAUGUGGCCUCAUCUUAAUACCGUAGAGAAAUAUAUGGUUUUCCGUACACGGAAAAUAUACAGCUUGUAGUUUUGAAACCCUGAAUGCAAGUGUAACAACAGGUCGGGUUAAAAAUUAUUCGGGUAUUAGAAAAGUUUUUUAAAACCGAAUUAUACUCUUCUUUAGAGUAUGAAAUUGGAAGAAGACGUGAUUUUCUACCGAAUAAGUAAAAGAAUGAAUAUUUAUAUGCAUGUUUUCCAUGAAAUAUGAUUGCGUUUUCAAGGACAUCGAAAAUCAAUGAGAAAAUUGCAUGCAUGCAGAGUAUAAUUCUUGCAUGCAGCCGGAAAUAAGUUCGUUCGAAAGAAGGCACCCCGAGGCAACUGGAUCAUUAUAGAAUUAUGCUGUAACAUGAUUAGUUUUACAACCCUACUUAAUUAGUCUUUUCAAAACGAAAGCGCAUUACGGAAUUUCGGUUGACAUUUCAUGAGUUAGCCCACCUACUGUACAUAGCUCUUUCAUGAGUAAGACCUAAACUAAAUUGCUAGAAUUGAGUUCUUUAAGGAAACCGAGCGAUCUUGGUCGCUGGCCUCUGUCACAAUUUUUUGUUCACCCGCGCUCUUUUUUCUGUAUGGUCUUGAAUGCCUGCACCAGGCUCUUCGAAACCUAGGAAAAUGCCCUACCAGACUAGGUUCCUUAUCUUUGCUACGUUUCCUCUUUUUCGCCAAGGUCCCAGAGGGAGCAUUGAAGUUUUCCGGCUCUGCGUCUCGCUUCUCCUCUGCUGUUGCUUUGCACCACUGCACUAUGCUCUUUAACACCGACCUGCAAAACCUCACGGCCGUUUUAACUCCUGCAUUGGUACGCAGAGCAUCCUGCUUUACAGUUGGAUUCAUUUGUUUUCGACGACAAGCCCUUCUAUAA